GGAUCGGGAUCGGGACCGGGAUCGGGAUUGGGAUCGGGAUCGGGAUCGGGACCGGCUCCAUGGACACCUUGCAGUCCCCGCCGCCCUCCUCCCGCCGGAUGAGGGACAGAGAGGAGCCCGGCCUCGAGUCCGUGACCAUCCCGGCCUCUCCCUUCAUGCGGAAGUUGGGAUUCGGCACCGGCGUCAGCGUCUACCUGAUGGAAAGGUCCCCGCGGGAGCUGCCCCGCUCUCCGUGGGCCGUGAAGAAAAUCAGCUCCGGCUGCUCCCGGCGGCAGCGGCAGCUCUUCCAGAGCCGGCUCCGGCACGAGGCCCAGACCCUGCGCAACCUGCGGCACCCCAACAUCGUGGGGUACCGCGCGCUGGGCGCGGCGGCGGACGGGAGCCUGUGCCUGGCCAUGGAGUUCGGGGGGGAGCAGUCGCUGCACGAGCGCAUCGAGGAGCGCCGCGGGCGGGGCCUGGGCGCCUUCCCGCCCG